AUGGACAAGACCGUACGAGUGACGCGGUCGAUCCAAGUCUUCCACGCACACUUUCAGAAACACUACACGCGGCCCACGCACCACCUGGUGCACGACGCCCACAACCUGCUGCGCGAGGGCGACGUGGUCCGGUUCGGCGCGUUCCCGCCGUCCCUGAGGAACGAGCGCGACCUGCGCGGCCAGGUGGUUGUCAAGCGACACCGGCCGCGCGACCGCAACGGCAUGGUCAAGGAAAAGGGCGUGCGCUACGUGGUCCGCGAGGUCAUCACCCCGUUUGGCGUGCCUGUCGAACAGAGACAGUCCAGAACCGUGGGCAGCGACAAGGGCAGGUGGGUCGGGACCGAGGGCGAGAUGAAGAAGUUGGCGCUGAGACAGAAGGGGAGGAAGGGUGGUGGCGGCAAGAAACCCGCCGCGAAAGCGGACAAAAGCCCUGGCGUGGAUAAGACGGCGAGUCCCCUACCGGCGUAG